AUGAUCGACCAUCGCAUUUUCGAGGAUCUCCAGACAAAAAUCGACGAGGAGACUCACGUUCGUGAUGAACUCCAAGAAAUCGUCCAGACGCUCGCGAGACGGGGACGCUCGACGCAAGCUAUCCUCUCUCGUGCUCAUUCUACACCCUCUGGCCAGCUAAAACCCGUCCUCGACAGUGCAACCAAAGAAAUCAUUGCCCAGAAAAAAGAAGUCACCCGCCUCAAGGCCGUGGCUGAUCAGCAUCCGUUCUACAAGUACAACGGGCUGUGGACGCGGGAGUUGCAGAAUCUUGUGACGGCUAUCGAGCUCUGCGCAUGGCUGGGCGGAUUCCAAGAGUACAAGGGCGCGGACUCGUGUGAGUUUUUAACGAUUGAGGAGGUUGGGAAAUUCUUGGAUGUCCCUGUGAACUUGAAAGAGGAGGAUGCUUUCCACCUGACCAUCGAAGAGUAUCUGCUUUCUCUGAUUGCCAUGGCUGAGGAAUUGUCCCGUCUGGCUGUCAACUCCGUGACUCUUGGUGAUUAUACGCGUCCGAUGCAGAUUGGCAGUUUCAUCAAAGAUCUGUUUGCGGGAUUCCAGUUGCUGAAUUUGAAGAACGAUGUGCUACGGAAGAGGAGUGAUGGGAUGAAGUACAGCGUCAAAAAGGUUGAAGACGUUGUCUACGAUCUCUCGCUACGGAAUUUGAUUCCCAAGUAG